AUGGCAAUACGCACUCACAAGUGGAAGCCGUCGAAGCCUACCGUCCCCGACUCCAAUUUCCAAAAGGAACUGCAGCAUUAUGCCCCGAGAUUGGCUCGCUUGGACUGGCGUCGGACCCGGCAUCCGGCCUAUACGCAUCUCUCCGUGAGCAAGACGGCUAAGGCCAUUGACACUUUUGAACUACUCCGAGAGUGUAGAUGCGAUAUUUCCUUCAUUCAUCCUUCCGCCGUUGUUGUCGACUCCGGACUUGACCUUGGCCAGGCCAACGCCGCGCCCUCCGUUCCCUCAACAAACGUAGAUCGCGAGGUGCUUGCUGAAGGCGGGAGAGUUGAUUCCAGUCGGGUCGAAAAUAUCACCUACAUUCUGCGAACAAUGCAGCUCGAGGAUGCUGACCAAUUCAUGGCUCCCAUUAAGGCUCGCUGGGCAACGGGCAGCCCAAGCCUGUCAUCAUCAGCCUGGGGAAGAACUGCUGCGCCCGCUGGCGGCUGCACCACAAUGCAAAAGGAAGGGGACGCGUCCCCGCGGCGUUUGGGAGCGUCGCCCAGCAGAGGGCUUGGCUUCUCCGAAAAGGGAAGGGCCCCGGUCCUCCUCCCCCUCCGCACCAAGCGUCGACCAUUCACCGAGGUGGCAGGCGUCUUGGGCGAUCAGUCCACGAACCUGAAGGGAAGCCUAGUGGGCGUGCUGGGCUGUCGGGCGUGUUUCCGUGGGUCGUGGACCGCAACGCGCAACGAUUCGCUGGAGGGCUACCCAGUCGGGGGUGGGCUGAAGCAGCGAACGAGGAGCGACUGGAUGGCGCCGUUUUCUUCUCCAGCUCCCGCUGGCGGCGACACAAGCGCACGACGACUCGACGACGGUUAUCGCGGCCUCGGGCCUGAUACGCGCGAAUCCCGAAUCAUGGAUACAACAUAUCAAACUGUCGUUCCCGAAGACUCUGGUGUGAGCACUGCCGGCAAUGUCUCCGUUGAGUCCCUUGGCGGUUUCGGCACGGUUGCAGGCGUGAAGAAUGCCAUUCCCUUGACUGGUUCCGGGGCUCCUUCCCUCACGGACCCGAUGGAGCUCGAUAUCGACAUCGACACCAUCUCGUGGGCUGGAGAUCUUGACUUCACUGUCCGUCGUCUCGAACCAGAUCACCUCGAUCUGAGCAUUGGUGUGCAGAAUACCAAUCAGCCCUCCAACCCCCCUGCCGACGUUCUCUUCGCAGAAGAUGAAAGCGUUCUACCCUCUUCGGCCGCGUCCUCUACUUCAUUCGAUGGACAGCGACGCACAGCCCCGUCUUCUGGGUCUCAGCUGAUCCCGGCACCCACCUCUCUGCUGCAGACACAGUCAUUCCCUGUCUCAACUCCUGGGAUGAACGCAGCUGAUCCUCGGCAACUGGACAAAACCCUCUACAACUAUGGCCUGGCAAGUGAGAGGCUGCGUAGGCAGUUAUCGCUGCUGUCCAAGGGCUGGGCUGGUGAUGAGAUUCGUUUCAAGAAUUGUGACCCCACCAAGGCAGUCAUCCUCCACCAGUUUGCGAUCGAGCUGGGCCUGGGCUAUAAUCACGAUGUGAGGACUCGUGAAGUGUCGAUGUCACGUCUCGACCCCGUUACCCCCGCAUCUAACCCACAAACCUCUGCUCGCCGCCCGUCCUCUUCGAUGCCACGAUCAUCUACCGAGCUGGACUCCGCGCUGUGCUUGCCGACUCUUCCAGUAUUUCAAGGGACCGUGUUUGCUGAAGCAGCCACCCCGUUUCUUGCUCGCCACGACAAAGGCCAGUCAAUUCCAGCUCGGCGAUGCCUCUCUGUCGAUGUUGCUGAGCGCUGUUUGCUGUCUGCCGAGAGCCAAAGGCUGGCUGACAUGAAGGCGGUUUUCGAAGGCGCCUCAUACAAGCUCUCUAUCAGUGAUGCAAAACACCGGGCUUAUUUUGUAGCCUUUAUUGAAGCUGGCAGAUAUCGUGACCACGAGUCUCUCCACACAAGCUAUUCUGUUAGCGGCAAGACUUAUACGUACACCGAAUUGAUAGCCAUAAUCGCCUGGGAGCUCGCAGAGAACCAUGGUUUGUUAUCUUUGUUGGAGAUUAAGGAAUGGAACAAUUUUAUGAAUAUGAUCGAGACUGCUUGCAUCUAUGAAUCCGAGAUUGGCCAGACCUCGCUGGUCAUUCUUUCAGUAAUCUGCCUAAGACAUUGCCUCGAAGCCCUGCGACUUCACUCAGCCCAGUUGCUCACCCCGAGUGCUCAUGAGGAUUGCUGCGGAGGGCGUUGUCAAGUCGAGUGCAUCCAAAACCUCACGACUCGAAUCGCAGCCUACAUCGAUGAGCUGUCUGCAGUGAUCUUCAAUAAGGAGAACAUGCGCGAUAGAAGAUGGUGGCUAUCGACUUUUUACAGCCUUUACAUCCAGAGUUAUGUACGGCAUGCUUUGAUUGCCAUCGAAAAAAUUCUCCGAUUUCGAGUUCUCGACGACGCUCCUACUGAAGACCUCGCAGCCACUCAAUAUCUUCACCUCCCCACAAUCCUAUUUACCGCAGCGUCUGCCAAAUAUGACCCUCUCUUUGAUGGGCGACUUCAACAACACGAAGCUGAAAAGCCUCACCCGUGCACCCAAUGUAAGAAGCGUUUCAAGUCUCCAACAGAGGCGGAACGUCACAUCAAUGCUAUCCAUCUCAAGUCCGAUUCUUGGUCUUGCAAGGCGCUCGAGAACUGUCUUCUUGCUUUCCAAUCGGAGACCUUCAAUGGUGUGGUCUGGGACGUAUGUGGCUUCUGUGGUGGUGGAUUUGCUCGAAAUCAUAGCAAAGGCAAUAGUGAUGAGAAUGGUGUUAUUGGGGGUGAUAGUAAUGAGGCCACACCCGAGCAUAAGGCGGAGCUGGUUUCACAUCUAGAGUCGGUGCACAAAAUUGGCGAGUGCGACCGCAACAAAAAGUUUUAUCGUGCCGACAACUUCCGUCAGCACCUGAAGAACACACAUGUGGCCAAGCCUGGGAAGUGGCUAAAGACAUUGGAGAGGGUGUGUAGGACAACGAGGGAAGAGGAACCAUCUGCGUAA